AUGUUAAAUUUGACUGCAACGUGGCUACAGGGCCCCUUAACACACGAUAUCAAUGCAGCGAUGACGUCAGGCCUAAAAAUGGAGUCGAAAGGCACCCAAAUCCACCUAUCGCUGACGGGGCGCGGUAGCCGUGGUGAACUGAACGAUAAGGUCAUGUUCGCACAAGUCAAGUCCCCACCCUUCGCGGAACAGCUCAACAAUGGUCAGGUUUUGGGAGGUUCACAAGUAAAUUUGUGCAACGGUGGUGCCGGCACAGCAGCCAUGACAGCCCUCCCAAAGAUACCCAACGGACAUGGAGACCAGAAGAAACCCAUGGCCACGCUCACACAUUUACCCAAACGUCCUCCUGUAGACAUCGAGUUCUCAGAAUUAUCAUAUUCAGUUAGCGAAGGAAGAAAGAGAGGUUACAAAUCUUUGCUCAAAGGAAUAAACGGUACAUUUAGAUCUGGUGAACUUACUGCCAUUAUGGGACCUUCUGGUGCUGGCAAAAGUACUCUUAUGAAUAUUUUAGCUGGAUAUAAAACGUCAAAUGUCAGCGGAUCGAUCCUAAUUAACGGCAAGGAAAGAAAUCUGAGACGGUUUAGAAAGCUAUCGUGUUACAUAAUGCAAGAUGACUGCCUCCUCCCUCAUCUAACCGUCAGAGAAGCCAUGCACGUAUCAGCAAAUCUAAAAUUAGGGAAAGACAUGACAGUCACUGCCAAGAAGAUCGUCAUAGAUGAAAUAUUGGAAAUGUUAGGGCUCGUAGAAGCUGGGAACACGAGAACAAUUAAUUUAUCAGGCGGCCAGAAGAAACGGCUGUCCAUAGCUUUAGAAUUAGUAAACAACCCGCCUGUGAUGUUCUUUGACGAACCUACCUCCGGCCUCGAUAGUUCGUCUUGUUUCCAAUGUAUAUCGCUGUUAAAAUCUUUGGCGCGUGGUGGCAGAACUAUCAUUUGUACUAUUCAUCAACCGUCGGCAAGGCUCUUCGAGAUGUUUGACUUUUUGUACACGUUGGCCGAGGGUCAAUGUAUAUAUCAAGGAAGAGUGAGCGGACUAGUACCAUUUCUGUCUUCAAUGAGCCUUCACUGCCCGAGUUAUCACAAUCCUGCUGAUUACGUGAUGGAAGUGGCGACCGGAGAACAUGGAGACUGGGUACAAAAUCUUGUGAUAGCAGUGAACAAAGGCAACUGUGGGAGGGGGCAGUCAUCAACAUCAUCAUCGUCAUCAUCCGUGCCACAAAACAUCAACUACAACAACCAAACUAGUAAGAACAACACGGCGAAGGCGGAGGCGCUAGCCAUUGUGAUAGAUAAACCAACUUGUACUGUGAUAGACAUGUCGGAACCUGUCUUAAACUCAGAGAAACAGGCCGCAUUACCGAACUCAACAAACCUGGCGCCAGUUACCUGCACCACUUCACUCUUAGACUCCAGUGAAAGCUUCGCUAAGAAACCAACAAAGACUGGCUUCCCUACAUCAGGGUGGAAGCAAUUUUGGAUCUUAUUGAAGAGAACUUUUAGGAGCAUAUUGCGAGAUCAAAUGUUGACGCAUCUUCGGUUGUGUUCUCAUACGGUGGUGGGGUUGCUCAUUGGGUUUCUGUAUUACGAUAUUGGACAUGACGCCGCUAAGGUUAUGAGCAACGCUGGCUGUAUAUUCUUCACUGUGAUGUUUACUAUGUUUACUGCUAUGAUGCCUACUAUUCUAACAUUCCCUACUGAGAUGAGCGUAUUCGUGAGAGAACAUUUGAAUUACUGGUAUUCACUCAAAGCAUUUUACUUUGCGAAGACUAUGGCGGAUCUACCAUUUCAGAUCGUGUUCAGUGGCGUCUACGUGAUAAUAGUGUACUUCAUGACAGGACAGCCCAUGGAGACAGACCGGGUGCUCAUGUUCACCACAAUCAACAUUCUCACUGCUCUUGUCGCUCAGUCCCUGGGCUUGCUCAUCGGUGCUGCCAUGAAGAUCGAAACUGGAGUCUACCUUGGACCUGUUACCACAAUCCCUGUCGUACUGUUCUCUGGCUUCUUCGUAAAUUUCAACGCGAUACCCAGCUAUCUUCAAUGGCUGACGUACUUGAGUUAUGUACGGUAUGGGUUCGAAGGAGCAAUGCUCUCAGUCUACGGUUUCGGGAGAGGAAAAUUGGAUUGUUCCGAGGAUUACUGCCAUUUCAGACAUCCAGAUCUUUUCCUGAAGGAAAUGACUAUGGAUAAGGCAAACUUUUGGGUUGAUGUUGGAGCCCUUUCCGCUCUUUUCGUCUUCAUUAGGGUAGUUUCUUAUUUAGUUCUAAGGUUCAAAUUAAAAAUGAUGCAAUAA